AUUGUGAGCAAAACCAUCGUCAUUUGUCAUUUGCGCUCGCCGGAAACCACAGAGCCACAAACCGCCCGCGACCCAUCUGGAUUGGAUCCGCGCCCGCCCUUGUUUGCCAUACGUGUGUCCCCUUCCCCUCUAGGUUCGCUCUCUUUUUUUCUUUUUUUUUUUUUUGUAGCACAACGCACAUCGCGUCAAGGGAGCCUCAUUGGCCCGGCAUGCAGCCGCAGUUCCGCCAGCAGUAUGCGCAGCAGCAGGUGCCGCAGAGGGCGCCGCAUAUUGGCGCUCCACGCCGCCCGGGCCAUGGUCAUGGUAUGUUUUGUUUUUGAUUUACUUGGUUUUUGCCCUGGUUGAAAAAUGGCCUUUGAGCUUGUCCGUCCGCCCCUGGGGAAUCCGUCGAAUACCGUAGCUUUCCCGCCUUCCCUGUCUUCCUCAAGCAAGCAAGCAAGCAAGCAAGCAAGCAAGCAAGCAACACACGCAAGCCCAAGCCCCGAUCCGCCAUUGAGAGUUCGAGUGCUAUUUGUUCUGCCCGCCACGGAAUCCACUCGGCCGGGGUGCGGGAAGCCAAAAAACCUCCCAAAAAUAAGGGGCCGGUGGAAAUCGCAAACCGGCUGGCGCUCUGCUUCCGCUGCCAGGGGUGGGAAAAUUGGAUCGGGGAUCCACGCGUGUGGUGCGCGAAGCGGCUUUGGCAAGAGAAGGCCUCGGCGCCGCCUGCUCCAUGCCACUUUGACUGGCCUUUGACAUGCACGCUCCACACGCCAGCGAGUAAGAGAAGGAAAGAAAGCGUGGCGGCCCACCUCCCUACUGCCGAACGGCCUACCGCUUUGCUUGCUUGCCGCCAUCGAAGACCGACACACCCACAGACGGACGGACAGGGCCAGAAGGACAGCAGACGAGAUCCCAUAGCUGACCAAGACGGCGGCGACGUACGUCAUGCCCCCGAAAACAGGCGGCCAGAUGAUGCCGGGACCCGGCGUGGUGCCUCACCCGGGGCAGCCCAUGCCCAUGGUGGCGGCGGGUGGCCCGCCGAUGAUGCAGCAGCAGCAGCCGCACGCCAGCGAGGGCGCGCGCCGCCUCAAGAGCCGCAGGCCCACGGACAAGACCAUGCCCGACGGCGUCGAGGACGCCAUCAUCGGUGACGGCGUCGCCCGCUACCGCGAUCUGCGCGACUACGAGAGGCGCCUCGACGCGACCAUGACCCGCAAGCGGCUGGACAUUGUCGACCCGGUGAACAAGGGCGCAAAGCGUUCCAAAACGAUGCGCAUCUGGAUCAGCAAUACCGUCGACGAGCAGCCGUGGCAGGCGCCCCUGAACACAGACAGUUUCGACUUUUCGACCAGCCACGACUCGAGCUACCGCGUCAAGAUCGAAGGCCGCCUGCUGGACGACGACGAGGACGAGGGCGACGAGAAGGAACAUGGCAAUGAGGCGCAAAAUGACAAGGACGACAAGGACGCCAUGGAGACAGACGCGCCCUCGACGAGCAAAGCCAAGGCGGCAGCUAAGCCGCAGCAGCGCGCGCGCUUCUCGCACUUCUUCAAGGCCAUAAACGUGACGGUGGACCGGCCGGGCGUGGCACCAGGGCCGGCGGGACCGGAGCAGCUGAUGGAGUGGAAGAAGCCCGAGCAGCGCGGCGGCGGCACGGCGGUGGGCAACCCGGCGGCCGACUUUGACGAGCUCACCUUCAAGCGGGGCGGCGAUGAGAACGUCAACGUCGUCUUCAGCCUGACACGGCACGAGGAGCCCGAGCGCUUCUCAAUCAGCCCGGCCCUGGCGGACAUUGUGGACAUGUCCGAGGGCUCGCGCACAGAGAUCACGACGCGGCUGUGGGACUACAUCCGGCUCAACGGCCUGCAAGAGGAGGAAGAGAAGCGCCAAUUUCGUUGCGAUCACCUCCUACGCAAGAUACUGGGACGAGACGUGGGUGCCAUCCCGCUCCUCCAGGACUACAUCACGGCGCAUCUGAUGCCACUACCUCCCGUCAGGCUGCCGUACACGAUCCGGGUGGACCAAGAAUUCCACUCGGCAGCAGGCGGCCCGCAGCCCACCAUUUACGACGUGCAGGUGUUGGUUGACGACCCCCUGCGCGCGGCGCUGCCCAAGCUCUCGCUCCCGUUCGGAAGCCACCCCAACGCCGAGUACGGGCAGAUGCUGCGCGAGGUGGCGCGGCUCGACGAGCAGCUCUCGGUUCUGGUCGGGGCCGUCUACGACUCCAAGGCCAAGCACGCAUUCUUCACGCAGAUGCAGCGCGACCCAGCCAACUUUGUCAAGGGCUGGCUGUCGUCGCAGCAGCGGGACCUCGAGGUCGUGAUGGGCGAGUCGGUCCGCGGCAAGGGCGCAUCCGGCGACACCAUCACAGGUGGCGACGAGUGGCGGCGCGGUGGCAGAGACAGUGUCUGGGCCACCGAGAGCGCGCGCGAGGGGGUCAGUGUGCUGCUGGCGAGGCAGCCGGCCAUGGCGGGGAUGCGGUGAUGACGGUGGCCUGGUGGGUGAACAUGUGUGAUUUAGGCGUCUCGAAUUUCUUUAUUUCUCCUUUUUUUUCUCUCUCAUCUUUUUGGGUUUAAGGGCCCAUGUGUAAACUUGAGCAAACAGACCGAGGCGCCCUGGCGUUGGAACGAGAGUAAUACGGAAAGCUUGGCCGGGCAACCUUUCCUGCAGUGUUUGGGGUGGUCGGUGUUAGGACAUGAAUAAUUGGCUUAUCGCCGGUGCGGGACGGUGACGUCUGAGUCCGCUAUCUACUUUCCUUAGCUAUAAAGUUCACGCGGGCGACAGCUUUCUUG